GCGCGACUGCCCGCAGACAAAUAAAGUGGCAUGACGGAGCUGUUCUGCGCCCAUCCAACUGCAAGGAUCGAGUUCUCCGUGGGAAGCAAUGCCACCAAAGAGCAAAGGCGCCAGCAAGGCUAAGGAAACUGAGCCUUCCAAACAGCCUGAGCAGCCGCCCCCGCGAACGCUCAACGAGCAGUCAGCCCAACGCUACGCCCGGACGAACCCGCACGGCAAGGCUCGCGAGGAGGCAGGUGCCGAGGCCCUGACGGACAGCCAGCGGCACGCCGUCAACAACGCGCAGUACCUCUCGCACCCGGACCGGGCAAAGGGCCUGUCGAACAAGGCGACCAAGGAGCUGUGGAAGCAGCUCGGCGAGGCCAGCGUCCCGCUUCGCAGCUUACACCGACCGGCUGCCGGCCAGUGGGGGAGAGACCGGGUGGGCCGUGAUAUCGGCGAGUAUACCUUUGAGGAGUACCGAGGCCGGAACGACAAGCAGCUGCGCCUGAGCCGGCUGGGCCGCGAGAGCGAGCGGUUCCGCGACGACUGGGCUGUUGUUCUGCAGCAGCGCAACGGCAGCAGAAGUCCCAAGGCGAAGGGGCUCGGCAGCAGAAGACGGAGAGCCACCAGCGUCACAGUCACCGACGAGCAGGUUGAGCAGGAGAGGCAGCGCAGACAGGAGAUGGCGGCACUCAAGAGGGACCUGUAUGGUCAGAAGACGGACCCGUAUGCGCUCGAUCCGGACUGGGACGAUGUCACGCCGAUUCCGCAGGCAGAGCCCGAGCAUGCCCUCGCGGCGAUUGCGUAUCCAGAGGACUAUGCAGAGGCCAUGUCAUAUCUCCGUGCCGUGAUGGCCGCAAAGGAGUAUUCACCCCGUUGCCUGCAGCUGACGGAGCACAUCAUCGCCAUGAACCCGGCGCACUACACGGUGUGGCUGUACCGGUUCGCGAUAGUCGAGAGCCUCAACAUCAGCAUCCCGGACGAGAUGGCCUGGCUCAACGCCGUGUCGCUCGAGCACCUCAAGAACUACCAGAUCUGGCACCACCGCCAGCAGCUCCUGGACCACUACUACCCGGCGAUCUGCACGUCUUCCGACGACGUGGCGGCGCUCGCCCAGUCCGAGACCGAGUUCCUGACCAAGAUGCUCGUCCAGGACACCAAGAACUACCACGUCUGGAGCUACCGGCAGUACCUCGUGCGCAAGCUGGGCAUGUGGGGUGAUGCCGAGCGACAGAGCAUCGAGAGCAUGGUCGACGACGACGUGCGCAACAACUCGGCGUGGUCGCACCGCUUCUUCCUCGUCUUCUCCGACCCGGGCUACACGACACCCGGCUCCCACGCCACGGAGCACGACCCGAAGAUCCCCGCGGACGUCAUCGACCGGGAGGUUGAGUACGCCAAGCAGAAAGCGGCCCUGGCGCCGCAGAACCAGAGCCCCUGGAACUACCUGCGCGGCGUCCUGGUCAAGGGCGGCCGGCCGCUGGGUGAGGCGCGAGAGUUUGCAGAGGGCUUCGUCAAGGAGCUGGGCAGUGUGGAGGACAACAAGGAGCGCGUGCGCAGCUCGCAUGCGCUCGAUCUGCUGGCGGAUAUCUACAAAGAGGCUGGGGAUAAAGAGAGAGCGGACUUGUGCCUGCGCAGGUUGGGAGACAAAUGGGAUCGCAUACGCAAGGGGUACUGGGAGUAUCGCAGGCGGGCGCUAUAAGCGUGCUGGCAGAAAAUGAAAGACAUUUGGCGUUGAUGAAGAUGAUGCCUUUGACAAGACCUGUUUGAAUCACGGCUUGAAACCUGCCUAUGUCGCGGCUCAGUGCACUUAUUACACAUGUUGCAGGUACUUCUUGCCACCUCUAUUCGAUCACAUCACAUAGCGUGCGAAGUCAGACGUAGACA